AUGUCUCACAAAUAUGUUCAGGAUUUCUUUCACGUUGUCAUCGCUAAGCAUGCGAAGGAAACACCUUGCCGUACAUUCAUGUCCAUCUCCAGGACAACGGACAUGAAGGACGGAUUUCAAGACAUUUUAUAUGGUCGGUUGUCCAAGUCGUGGAUCGCUGUGCUUUCUGGCUCGAAAGGACUGUCAUCUCUGCCAGCCUGCCUGCCACGCCAUGACCUCUGCGGCAUACUAUCGAUCUUGGCUGCGGCCAAGAUUGGCAGACAGAUUCGGCCUUUCGGAGAGACAGACUAUAUUCUCCAGGCUCUCACAGGAAUGGACUGCGAUACCUUCCUCAAGCCUGACCCAUGCCCCAAGGCAGUGGAGAAUGUUCUCAUACAACGCCCGAUGCGAACCUUCGAUCUGCCUCAUAUCGAAGCCUGGCUCAGCCCUCACCACCAUCCCGACGCAUCUCCCUAUCCUUAUGAUCUUCCGGAAGACACUAUCCAAGCUGCGUAUCAGCCCAUCUCGAUCUUCCAGAUAUCAAGCCUGACUACCGCUCCGAAACCCAUUGUUGUACGGCCAGGGUCGGCAUCCAAGCAUGGUACCUACCAGCAGCUGCUCGAAUUGGGGCAGCAGCCUUGGUUUUGCGCCCACAUAACUGACCACCGUGUCUUGUUUGCUUUUAGCGACUAUCAGUAUGCAGGUCUCAUUUUCCAUGUGACCUGCGCUGUCUACUUCGACUACAUCAUAGUCACUGCUCCUAAGGUUUAUGACUGGUCCGCUGAGACCAUGGCAGCCGCCACGGAAAUAUACAGUCGUGUUUUGUAUACCCUGAGUGUCGAGUUUCGUCCGCAUGUCGCUGUCAAUCGCGCAUAUCAUCUGGUGGUAGUGCGUCAAAAGAAGUUGGAGGACUGGCAACCCGCUUCUAACAAUUUUCCCGAGCUGGCGGAGUAUGAGAUGGGAGAUUUGUUUGAGCGUCAUGGAAAAGGAGCGGACCUUUGGCUCUUCGUAGGGCUGAUUGUGGAGCUCUUCAUUCUGCCAGAUGGACGAGUCCUCAACGCGGCUCCUAUCAAAACUGAUAUUGCCGAGAAUCCAGCUAUGCUCCUUGCUAUGAAGAAAACGUUCGCGCUGCAUUACGGCAGGCUGGAGGAACAGUUUGGUGAGCCAACUCUGAGCAACCCCCAUGUCCCCGCAAGUCAAUAA